AUGACUCAAAAUAGCCAACUCGUCAUUGCUCCGCUGCACAGUACCGCGCCAGUCAGGCUGGAGCUUACACGCAACUACGUCUCUGCAGAUCCUACACUACAGGAUGCAGGAGUGAUCCCUUCGAUUCGCAAAGCCCCGGCCUCCUCCAUUUCGCUCGCUCGUUACGGGAUCCGGAACAACAUGCGGCAUAAGCAAGUAAAAAGGGACGAAAAGUCUGCAGACAGUAGAUCGGAUACCGGCCGCGGCGAGGCCUUUGUCUGUCCCGCGCGGUAA